AUAGCUACAACAAUCAAGAAGAUUGGGAUGAUGAAAAUGAGGAGGGUUCUGAGGGUGAUUGCGAGGAAAAUGUAGAAACAGAGAAAGACACUGAUAAAGGCGAUGAUGAAAAAGACGAGGACGAUAGUAAUAAGGACGAACACGAGGGUUUCUCGUUUAAUGUAGAUGAGAACAAAACGAAAUACGACGAAUUCGAAAAUACGACUACCGCUGCCAAUGAAGUAAGGGAUUGUGAAGAAAAUGAAUUCAUCGAAAACGUUGACUCACCGACUGAUGUCUAUCUGGAUUCACCGAGCACUUCAUCACAUGCUGAGAAAGGCAGUGGUGAUUUGAUACCAGAAAUACGUACGGACCGCCCAUUUUCAGCUGCUUCCACCUCGAAUCCGAUCCAGAGUACAACCGAUCAAGACAUCGGUCUUACUAGAGAAAAAAGCGGACAGGCUGAUCCCAAACCAAUGAAGCGAAUCAGUGCACCGGAAAAGAAAAAGAAAAAUGUUGCUGUGACGAAGUCAAAGGGAGAAAAAAGACGAAAAGAAAAACUUGAAGAAGAAGCAAAAGAUCUAAAAACAUAA